AUGGCCUCAGUUCCAACCCAGGCUGGGCCCCCAACUGAAGCCCCUCCUCCUCCUCCAGCCACUACUCAACCACCAGUAACAACCGACCCUCCUCCACCUCCCCCAUCAACAGCAAAUCCUCCAGCUACAACGCAGGAACCAGCACCACCCACAACCACUAAUCCCCCUCCUCCUUCUACCACCUCGAACGAGCCCAACCCACCAUCUUCUGAACCUACGUCAGAUCCGGCCACAAGUGGAGGCGGACGAUCACCGCCUAAAGCCACCAACAAGCCUACAAGGACUUCUGGCGGAGGAGGAGGCGGAGGAGGAGGAGAUGGUAGCACAAACCCAUCAGACGUUCAUGGAGGUGGUAGUAAUAACAACAGCAACGGUGGCAGCACCCCUACGGGCGUCAACGGCUCAAACUCGCCUGGGUCGUCCAAAUCCGUGCUUGGACCUAUCAUCGGCGGAGUGGCUGCCGUCUUGGUGCUCGCUUUCUUGGUCGCCGUGUUUGUUAUGCGCUAUCGUAAAAAGAGCAAGGCACGGAAGCGUCGCUUAGAUAUUCUGUUGGACCAGAGUGGACAGGGACAAGACCAGUUUCCGGCUUUAGGACUUGGUGGUGGUGGUCAUGGUGGAGGGGAGUUAGGAACGGCGGCGAAUGCGAGUGGAAAGCCUCGGCCAGGGUCCAUGGGUAGUAAUUCUCCGGCCGCAAGACCUUCGACUCAUCUAGAGAUGGGCAUGUUGAAAGGAUCCAGCGCCCUUCCUGGAGGGGCCACGGUGGCCGAUGAUGGUGGAUAUGAGCCCUAUGGAUACGCACAACAACAGCAGCAGCAACAACAGCAGCACGCCCACCAGGGAUAUGGAGGGUACGAGGGCUAUGAUGGAUACGAUGGAUAUGGUGGCCAUGUACCGUAUGGAGGCCAGCAGGAUCACUUUGACCAGCAUGAUCCCUACUACGACUCUCCUCAGGCGGGGCAAUAUUAUUCCGGCCAGCAACAACGCCAGCCAUUUCAACAGCAGACGUACGGAGUUGGCAGCUCACCUUUGGCAGGCCAUGUUGUGGCAUCGUCUUCACCUUCCAUGGGGUAUCCGCAGCCACUUUUGGGGGGAGCAGCAGCACCGGGAUCUGCCUCUGCUGUAGUGGGAUCGUCAUCCCCUCGAACGCCACAGCCUCGAUCGAUGACGACUAGCGUCGGUGGUGGUACUGCUAGUGGGGAUGGAUAUCAGAGUAACAACAUGACGGCGGGCAUUGAGGAGAAGGGAGACUAUGCUGCCAUGCAGUCGAGCGCGCGUAAUCCCCAGGCCAUUGCAGAGGACAGAAGCCGGAGCACUACAUAG